GCCUGACCCCGCCCCCAGAGGCGCGGCCCCUGGGGCCUGAGGCCGGCUCCCCGGCGUUCCCUGGCCAUGGAGGCCCUGCGGAGGGCCCAUGAGGCUACGUUGCGGCUGCUGCUGUGCGGGCCCUGGGCCUCGGGCGCCGCCUCCCGCCCGAAGCCCCGCGCCUCGGAGGUGCUGACGCGGCACCUGCUGCAGCGGCGCCUGCCGUACUGGACCUCCUUCUGCGUGCCCUACAGUGCGGUGCACAACGACCAGUUCGGCCUGUCGCACUUCAAUUGGCCAGUGCCGGGCGCCAACUACCACGUCCUGCGCACUGGCUGCUUCCCCUUCAUCAAGUACCACUGCUCCAAGGCGCCCUGGCAGGACCUGGCCCGGCAGAACCGCUUCUUCACCGCGCUCAAGGUCAUCAACCUGGGUAUUCCAACUUUAUUAUAUGGACUUGGCUCCUGGUUAUUUGCCAAAGUCACGGAGACAGUUCAUACCAGUUACGGACCAAUAACAAUCUAUUUUCUAAAUAAAGAAGAUGAAGGUGCUAUGUAUUGAAAGUGUGCAUUGGAAAACACAAAUGUCUAUAAAUUUGUUUCCCUAUGUGUGUGUAUGCAGUAUUUAUUUUUGAUCCUUUAAUAUAAAAUGCUGGCAAAA